GCUGUUCAUUUUAUCGAUUUUAUGCACAUCUUGAAAGGUCCUUCUUAGUUUCCGUAGUGAGGGAAUCCAUGAACGCACGCUCCGGUAAAGAGAAACACGGUUUCAGUCCCGCGACACACUUUGCAGGCGAUUGCUAGCUAUCAAGCUCCAUGAAUUUGUCCCUUAAUUGCUUCUCAGUUAACUUCAACAUAUACCUAGACAUAUAUAAGCAGCAUGGACAGUGAGUGCCUGGUGUUGUUGCCUCGGGUGUGUGCUGUACUAGCGGACCCCAGACAGUCCCUACCAGAUGACACCAGCUUCGAGAAACUGCUGGACUGGUUCACGGGUCUCACCAAGGAGGACCAUGGCCUGGCCCUGUUGGAGUCCUGCCCCUGUCUGGUGGACUACAUAUCCACCGUGUGUCUGGAUAAAACUACAGAUCCCAGCAUGCUUUCCUUCAGCCUCAAGCUUUCCGGCCUGCUGGCGGCCAGUCAACAUGGCUUCAACCUGCUGCAGGAUCGAUCCAUCCUGGGCGUGGCCUACGACAGCGAGCGCUGGCAGGUGGCUGGCCUAUGGGAGGAUCCGAGCGUGCGGAUUGGCUGGAUCCAUGGCCUGAGCAGCAUGAUGCGCCACACACAGGCCUUCCACUUCCUGGAUCGGGCUGGCCUGACCAAACCCCUCCUCCAGCUACAGACUGACCCCAGCCUAUUCGUCGCCUCGGCCGCUAAUCACCUGCUGGCCCGCCUCCUGACCUUCCACCAGCCGGCUACAACCUCACACACAACCCAGGGGAAUGGCCUCACUGCUCCACCCAGUAAGGAAGAGGUAGAUUUGGACGUAACCAUGGAGACAAGUCCAGGAAGCGGGUGUUCCGUCACCAUGGAGAUCUUUAAGCACCUGGAGAGCUCUCUGGAGUCAGACAGCCACACCCAGGUGCUCCAGGGGCUGAGGCUGCUGGCCCUGACUCUCCCCAAGCUGGAGGCUCCUCUCCGGGGCUUGGUGAUCAGGCGAGUCCUGAGGCCUCUGGAGGGGUUGGUCCUAGAAGGCCGCAGAGCAGUCACACAGCCUCUAAUGGACGUCCUACUGGCUACGUACAGGUCCGGUCCGUGUGACUCCAGACUCGUCUCUCUGAUGGCGUCCAUGUUGAACUCCCAGAAUCCCUCUGACGCUGCGCUGUGUGCCGCCGCCACCCUCCAUCCGGAGGAGACCUGUCCUCCAGGUCUCAGACAGAAGGUCGGAGCUGUUCUACUGACACCUCUACAGAUGGUUACUGGAGUAACUCUGCUGGACGGGUCCAAUGACAGACACACGGGUCAACAGACUGACCACAGACACACUGAUGGACAGACUGACCACAGACACACUGAUCAACAGAUCGACCACAGACACACUGAUGGACAGGCUGACCACAGACACACUGAUCAACAGACUGACCACAGACACACGGGUCAACAGAUCGACCACAGACACACUGAUGGACAGGCUGACCACAGACACACUGAUCAACAGACUGACCACAGACACACGGGUCAACAGACUGACCACAGACACACUGAUGGACAGGCUGACCACAGACACACUGAUCAACAGACUGACCACAGACACACGGGUCAACAGACUGACCACAGACACACGGGUCAACAGACUGACCACAGACACACGGGUCAACAGACUGACCACAGACACACGGGUCAACAGACUGACCACAGACACACGGGUCAACAGACUGACCACAGACACACGGGUCAACAGACUGACCACAGACACACGGGUCAACAGACUGACCACAGACACACGGGUCAACAGACUGACCACAGACACACGGAUCAACAGACUGACCACAGACAGGCUGAAGAAGACCAGGACAGACACACUGACCAGGACAGACAGGCUGAAGAAGACCAGGACAGACAGACGGAGGGUUGUAGCUCUCUCUCUCUCCUGCUGGAUCAUCUCAACCACAAACCCUCCUGUAUCUCUCUGCUCUGCGUCUCUGUGUCCAGCGCUCCCUACAUAACAGACGUGGAGUCAUCUGCCUCUGUCAUCCUUGCUGUGGUGUCACUCCUGAGGAUCUGUAACGGCCACUCACCCGAGAGCAAGGCUGCUAUUGGCUGUAGCAAAGCGUCCACCAACCUGAUUGGCUGCAGCAAGGUCCAGAGGUGUGGCCUAGACUCCCUGGCUAGCCUAAGCACCUGCCCUGGAGCUGUGGAGCGGGCGGUGGAGGUGUUCCGUGUUCUAGUGCAGAACCUACAGAACCCUGACUCAGACCCCACCGUGCUCCAGAAGAACUACCAGGCCAUGUUGAGGUGGCUUAGUGUGUCUGCAGAGUCUUCCUCACUGGCUGAUCUGGUCAAUGAAGAUCUCCUUCCCGUGCUAAAGAAGCGUGUGUGUGACGUGCGUUGGGAGGUCCGGGACUCCACUCUAGAGUUCCUCGGCCGGCUGUGUGAGGCGUUACGCUGCACUGUCACUCCUAUCCUGCUGGAGGCGCUGUGUGAUCAGGAGAGCUAUGUGAGGGCGACUGCCAUCUCUGCCCUGGCCAGGACUCUCAGUGACCAGCAGGGGGAGCCAGGGAACCGGACACAGGAGGAGACUCGGGGUCAGUUACUAGACAUCCUGUCUCAGGAUUCAGAGGUCUUCCCCAGACGUGCUGUGGUCCAGUUCUUCAUCAGCUGGCUAAAGACACACCCAUCAUCUUCCUCCUCCUCAUCGCUGCGUUCUGUCCUAUCGCUGGGCAGCACUGAUCUGGACUGGGAGGUCAAAGUUCACACCCUGGAGCUGGUUGAGCUCCUGAUGGAGGAAACACUUCCAGGUCACCAGGGGUCAGAGCUGGGGUCAGCUCCUCCCUCUUACGGUGGCUCUGGCGGGACAAACCUACUAACACACACUGACCUCACACACCCCUACGCUGUGACGCCAAGCCAGCCCUCACCCCUUCUGACACACACCACAACUGACACACACACACCCCCAACACACACACCCCCAACACACCCGUCUGUAGUGUGUGGUCUGUCUCGGUUGGUGGACCUAGGUGUUGUAACAGCGUUACUCAACGGCCUGUUUGAUUGUGACAGACCUGUAGCUUUAAAAGCCUGUAGUCUGUUGCUACGACUACGAGACGCGGUAUGUGUCCCCCGGUCACUAGGGAAAGGUUCUAUGACCACUGACGACACAACAGUUGCCAAGGUGACUUUUGACCUGAGGGGUCAGGUUUGGGAGCGGGAGGUCACGAGGAAGUUACAGGAGAAGAGAGGAUCUGAUUGGGUUAAAGAGUCCAGGGAAGUAGGUUGUGAUAGGCCGAACAGGAACAGAGUUUCUGAUAGGACAGACGGGGCUGGUUCCGAAGCCUGCGAUAGGUCGACGGGGAAGAGUGUGUGUGAAGGUAGCGCGAGGGUGUGUGAGGUGCUGUGGUCGUUGGGUCUAGAGGAGAGACAGAGUGUGUCGUCGCAGAGCAGUGACCAUGUCCAGAACUCACCCCUCUCUCUAUUGGAGGACAUCCUGAACGCUACAGACUCAUCACACACUGACGAGGUUAUAGUAGACUGUUACUGACCGACACACGUUGUGAUGGACUAACACGGUUUUAUUUGUGAUGAUUGUUUCUCCUCUGUACGUUGACUAGUGAAUACUGUCGUUAGAAUUCCAUUGGGACUUAACUCUUGAUCAUCCACCUGCCAGGAAAAUAAAUAAAGAUACUGUUUUGAUAUUUCAAA